CAGAUCCGAGUGACUCAUAUAAUGGGAACAGACUAUGAAAGUAGGCAUAAGUUUGAGAUCUACGGUGGAAACUCAUGGAGACGUCCGAAAACGACGCUUACUUGUCUCUCAAGUUUUCCACUGAAAACACCUGUUUACUUGGACGGGUCUCUUCACUGGCUGAGAAACGACGGAAGCAUCGUGUCUUUCAAUCUCGAAACAGAGCAUGCACGACUUAUUCCCAUCAGUUUUCCUCGGGGAUUGAGUUUAAAAACGCUAAUCACCUUAGGUAAUAAUGGACUAACUUUGAUAUCGGCAACGGAGGAAUACAUUUAUGUUUAUUCCCUUGAGAACAUUCUCCGUGAUCCUAAGUGGGUUUUUGUGAAGAAAAUCCAAAACAUAAUGAUGGACAAAAAGAAGCUUAGUUAUUGGAACGUAGAGGCUUACGAAGGCAAGUGUUUAGUGUUGAGGGAGGAUAGGGCGAAGGAAGAAGAACCACUUCUUUGCGACCAUGUGGUUCAUGUGUACGACUUGAGUACUAACACGUGGGUAGUCAUGGGUUCGAUUCCAGGGUGGUGUAGUGUAAAUCACGAUUUUUUUCAGUUCACACCGUCGACUUCGUAUGUAGUGGGACUUGAUGAGAUUUUGCCUUGGGAUGGCGGACGCAUCUCCUCUCUAAGCACUAUUAUGGCACUGAUUGAUGGAAGCUCAUCAGAAAAUGUGGAAAAACAACUUAGGAAACGAUCAGACAGGACAUAGUUUUUUUUUUCUGAGCAAAGUGCUAACAAGAAAAGAAGAGUGGUGUGAACAAAUCCGUAUCAUUUGAGGAACAUGUUGCGUCUUAAUUUGGCUAAUGGAUACUAUUUUAUGCUUUCUACUGUUAUGAUUGUGUGCUUGUUUAAAAAUUGAAAGUAUAUAUCAAUCAGUUUGCUUAGAAUCACUCAAACAACCAAAACCUUCAACAUUACAAUAGCCAACGGUUGUUCAAAUUUCCCAACAUAUAAAAUGGUUCAAAUCGUGUUUUAGUUGUAAUAGCCGGUAAACCGGACUGAUGUAAACGAUAUAAUAAAAGCGAAGUUAAGGAAAUAGACGAAUAUAGAAAACGAAUACGAGAACGAUAAGAAACCGUAUUCGCAACGAGACAUGGAGGCGAGAUAUGAUCUCUUUCCUUAA